CACGAGUAUUAAUCUAUUUUCCAUAUCCAAUGAAAGUUUAUCGGCCAACAAGUGCAUAUACCUACACAAGUGGAACGUGUGUUACAUAAAAUUAUUACUCUGGUCGCCGGUUCAAUCUUAUUUCGAGGCAACAAAUUAUCGAAAAGCACCGGUACGAGAUGCGGGAGCUCGUGGGACUCCUGUUGCUGGUGUGCCUGUCCGCGGAACCGAGCCGGGCCCGUUUCACGUGUCCCCCGCAAACCCCCGGCUGCAGCUGCACCGAGUUCGACAGAAACGAUUUUCGGGUGCACUGCACCGCGGCCUCCCCGCACGACCUGGCCAUACGACCCGGGGAGUACGUGGGCAUCAAGUGCGGCAGUGGACACCAGUGGGCCCACUUCCUCAACGGCAAUAGGCUCAAGGUCGGCUUCGCCGAGACCCUCACGCUGUCCGAGUGUCGGCCCAUCGACGCCAGGGCCUAUCGCAUGAUUCUAUCGCGCCUCGGGCUACGCCUCGGACGCAGCAUUCGGGCGAUAAGGUACGAGAACCUCGGGGCCCCCCUGCACCCCGGCGAUCUCGACUUUUUCCCCAACCUCAGGAGCCUCGAACUCGCCGAGAAUAGCCUCGCCGGCGUCAGAGUGGAUCUACUGAGGGGACUGUCGGGUCUGCGGUACAUCGGGCUGAGGAGCACGGGCCUUCAUCCACCGGCGGGUUUCUUCAGCCGGUCGCGUAGUUUGGAAACUAUAGAGCUCGGCUUCAAUGGCAUCGAUAAACUCGAGCCCGGCGCGUUCGACGGCGCCUACAGCGUCCUCCAGAUCAACCUCUGGAUGAACAAGCUGAGCAACCUUGACCCCCUUGUCUUCCGUAACCUCAGUUCGCUUCGCGUCCUCGACUUGAGCAACAACCAACUCAAGAACCUGCCCGUCGACGUCUUUGCCGAUUUGCGAAACUUGCAGCUACUGAACCUCAAGCGGAACGCCCUUACCGAGCUGCCCAAGGGUCUGUUCCGAAAAAACCCCAACCUCCACACCAUCGAGUUGUCCUACAAUCGCCGAAAGCUCGCUCGGCUGCCGGACGCUCUGCUCGCCAACUUGCAAUUUUUGAAGGUCGCGCGCCUCGGAAGCCUCGGCCUCGAACAUUUGCCCGGAAACCUGGCGUGGAACUCGGUCAAACUCGAAGAACUCGACCUCAGCUGGAACCACCUGUCUGGCCUUCCUGCACUGCUUCUCAAAGACGCGGCUGCCCUGAAGAAGCUCCUCCUCUCCGGAAACGACAUCACGGCCAUUCCCGACGGCUUCUUCCAGCGGACCAAGCACCUCGAGGUGCUCGACUUGUCAGGCAACCGCCUGACCUCCAUCAACGAGAGUACCCUCGAAGGCCUCAGAUGGCUCGAGGAGCUGAACCUGGAGAACAACGAGCUGACGUCCAUCCAUCCCGAGGCGUUUGCCGACCUCGAGAACCUAAAGAUCGCCAGGUUGGGCAACAACAAGCUCACCAUGCACACCGACUACAUUGACGUCUUUGGCCGCGUCUCGCCUCUGCGCUACAGCACCGGCCUCCGCGAGCUCCACUUGGCCCGCAACAACGUCAGCGAGCUGUUUAGCGACUGGAUCAUCACCUUCACGCAGCUGCGCAAACUCGAUCUGUCCAACAACGCCAUUGCUGAACUGAGGGUGGAGGACUUGCAGUUCACGUCGGACAAGCUCAGAGUGGACCUGAGUAGCAACAACAUCAGCAAGGUCGAUUUGUCCCGCCUCGAGUCUAUGGCUACUCCCAUGGAUGGGCAACCGCGAGACGUCACGGUACAGCUCCAAGGCAAUCCGUUCGAGUGCGAUUGCGACGUGUACCCGCUGCUGCGCUACCUGAGCAACGACAACCACGUCAAACUGGAGCUAAAGGGCGCCCAGUGCUCGGGCCCUGGCUACAUCAGCGGCGCCGAUCUCGACCAGCUCGACGCCGAAGCUUUCAUCUGCAAGCCCACGAGCAACGAGUCCUAUUGGUCGGUCGACGACAACAGCGACCCCUGUGGCCCCGAGGGGGCGUGCGAGUGCUGGCUGAGACCGGCCGGCGAGAUGCUGGUGAUGAAUUGCUCGGACAGGCGGAUGAGCCACGCCCCCGAGCGCAUAGUCCUCCACGGCGCGAAAUCGGUAGCCCUCGAUCUUAGCCGCAACCACCUCACCGAGGCGCCCGACAUGGCAGACCCGGGCUACGACAGGGUCGUCUACCUACUGCUCAGCGACAACAGGAUCCACUCCGUCAAGGACACCCUGAUCUCAUCCAAGCUGCAGUAUUUGGCGCUGGACGGUAACAACCUGAUGCACCUGGAGCUCGGGGUCCUGGACCUCAUAGCCAGCAACGAGAGCUCGAUCGCCGAGCUGGUUAUGCACGACAACCCAUGGAGCUGCGACUGCAACGCCGGUCCUCUCCUCGACUUUGUCCAGAGCCACGCUAAAGACCUGCCGAGUCUCCUGGACGUGCGUUGCGCCGACAACGCGACCAGACUGCUCGAUCUGUCCCGCGUCCAGCUCUGCCCCUCCUCGUUCCCGAUAGAAUUCUUUCUGUCGGUGAUGGUCUUUUUCGGGGUCUCGUGUUUCCUGCUUGGGCUCGGGAGGCUCUUGUACGUGCGCUGUUGGAAGCGGGUCAAGGUGCUGCUGUACUCGAGGGGCCUCUGCCUGUGCCUCGUCACCGAGGAGGAGCUCGACCAUGACCGGCCCUACGACGCGUUCAUCAGCUACUCCCACAAGGACGAGGGCUUCGUCAAGGACAAGCUGUUGGCCAAUCUGGAGGCCGGGCCGGCGCCGUACAAGUGCCAGAUUCACGAGCGCGAUUGGCUAGCCGGCGAGUGGAUUCCCAAACAGAUAGAGCGAAGCGUCGAGCAGUCGAGGCGCACGAUAAUCGUGCUGUCGCGCAGCUUCGUGAGGAGCGAGUGGAGCAAGUUUGAGUUUCACGUGGCCCACGCCCGGGCCGUGGAGGAGGGCCGUAUCGUCCGACUGAUCGUCGUUUUGCUCGACGAUUUGAGCGCGGAGGAGCUCGACAAGCUCAAUCCCGAGAUCGCCGAGUAUAUCAAGAUGCACACGUAUAUCAAGUGGGGCGAUCCGUGGUUCUGGCACAACUUGUACUACGCGCUGCCGCAUCGCGGUAGACGGCCCCGUCGGGACGAUUGCUCCGACGUCGGCUCGACCGAUCACAAGGGUGACACGCGCGUUUGAUCAUUGAGAGAAUUUUUUUUUCUUUCUCAAAUGGAUUUUUAUUACCAGUGAUUUUUUGUUUGCGAUCUUUUAAUUUUAUCGACAUUUUUUUGUUCGUUUUUUUUUCGAAAAUUUGUUAGAAUACUAACAGUGAUUUUUUUCACGAGUCAUAUGAAACGACAAACAAUUAAAUACUUCGCGUAGGUGUGACCUUUUUUUUGUAAAUAGUUAGUGAUAAGGGAGAUGACUGAUGAAUUGUUGACGCUAUCUUGAUUUGCGCUUAUAUAUUUAUUUGUAUAUAAAUAAUUUUUAAUGACUGACGAGAAAAUGAUCUGCUUUGAGAGAAAAAUUACGUACUCUUUCUUUACGUGUUAAGUUGCACAUAAAUUUAAUAUAUUUAAUUUAUAUA